AUGCACAAUAAAGGUGAUUUUACUGAAAUGGCUACUCCUCCUCUUGACAAAGCUGUAGCCGAUUAUGAUGCAUUAGUUGAUAAACAACGCGUUCAGCGUCUAAAAUUUUUAUUAGAAAAGUCGUCUUUGUAUGCACAAUUUCUAGCCAAUAAAAUGGAGAGACAGCAACAAGAACAACGUGAACGUGCACAGGCUGAAGAAAUUAAACGUACCCAUGCAAAGGAAAAAGAAGAAAAAAUCGCGACGGGGCUAACACGUAGAUCAACAAGAGUCAAUACAAAAUCGACUAAUACAGAACAAUCCGUUCGGCAAACUACAAAAAAGAGAGGUGGUGGAAGUGGAAGCGUGGCAAAAAAGAGAAAGGCCAAUGAUUCAGUUUAUAAUAUAUCGGACUAUAUAGAGCCAAUUGAUUUGUUUCAUCAGGAUGUGAAUAAAAAACGAAAAAAUUCUGAUUCCUCUUUAACUCCUGUAAAAAAUUCAAAAACAGAGGAAUCAAAUGAUUUCGUUGAAGAACUUUCCGAGAAUAAUAAUCCCGAUACUAAUAAUCCCGAUAAUAAUCCCGAUACUUCGAAUAAAAAUCUCAACGUUUCUACUCGUCAACCUAAAUUGGUAACAGGUGGUGUACUUCGAGAAUAUCAAUUAACGGGUGUUGAAUGGCUUGUAAGUUUGUACGACAAUGGACUGAAUGGCAUUUUAGCAGAUGAGAUGGGUCUAGGAAAGACAUUACAAACAAUUGCCUUCUUUGCUUAUCUAUGGGAACGUAAAAUUUAUGGUCCAUUCUUGAUUGUUGCGCCACUUUCUACUUUGGCCAAUUGGAUCAGCGAAAUUCACAGAUUUACUCCAACAUUGCCAUGCGUAUUGUAUCAUGGAACCCCUGAACAGCGGUCACACAUAAGAAGCCGAAGGUUAAAGAAGCUUGAUCACACCUUUCCGAUUAUUGUCACAAGUUAUGAAAUUGUGAUGAACGAUCGCAAAUAUCUUCAAAAAUUCGCUUGGAAAUACAUUGUAGUUGAUGAAGGUCAUCGAAUUAAAAAUUUAAAUUGCAAACUUAUUCGAGAAUUAAAAACUUAUCAGUCUGCAAAUCGUUUACUUUUAACGGGUACACCUCUGCAGAAUAAUCUUGCGGAAUUAUGGAGCUUAUUAAAUUUUCUGUUACCUGAUAUCUUUGAUGAUUUGGAUAGUUUUCAGGAUUGGUUCGACUUUUCUGCCCUACAUGAACAAGAUGGUGAAACCCGUAUUUUAGCAAAAGAACAGUCUAACGAAGUAAUAACUAAUUUGCAUAAAAUUUUGAAACCAUUCUUAUUACGCCGUUUGAAAAGCGAUGUUGAGUACGAUCUCCCAAAGAAGAAAGAAUAUUUGUUGUAUGCACCAUUGACACUACAGCAGAAAGAAAUAUAUGAUGCUAUUUUAUCCCGGAAAAUUCGACCGUUCCUUCUUGCCAAGAAGAUGAACCGGGACCAAGAUAUUGAAUCCGAAGAUUCAGAUUCUACUGUUGAGACAGAAACAGGUGGUCAAGAUAAUGGACGUAAAAUGAGAUUGCGACAACUCCCGAAACCUGAUUAUACAGAACUUUCGGAUGCUGAAUUUUUUGAAAGAUGGGAAAAUGAGAAAUUGGCACCGGAAGAACCCUUUAAAAAUCCUUCUAAAGUUGAACGAGAAGAGAAAGCCAGAAAAGCUGUUAAAUCCGUUAAUUGUAUGAAAUUACAAAAUGCUAUGAUGCAACUUCGUAAGGUCUGCAAUCAUCCAUAUUUAUUCGAUUGGCCCAUUGAUCCUUCUACUGAUAUGCCAAAAAUCUCGAAUGAAUUAAUUGCGGCAUCGGGAAAGAUGAUACUUAUGGAAAAAUUACUUGAAGCAUUAUUUGAGCGUGGUCAUAAAGUUCUCAUAUUUUCUCAGUUUACUACGAUGCUUGAUAUUAUUUAUGAUUGGGCUUCAAUUUUUAAAAAAUGGAAAAUAUGUCGACUUGACGGUAGCGUUAAUCAAGAAGAUAGAAGACAACAGAUUCAAGAUUUUAAUACAAAUCCUGAAAUAAAACUUUUUAUUUUGUCCACGCGAGCUGGUGGUUUGGGAAUUAAUUUAACAGCAGCUGAUACUGUUAUUAUUUAUGAUAGUGAUUGGAACCCUCAAAUGGAUCUACAAGCCCAAGAUCGAGUUCACCGUAUUGGACAAACUAAACCAGUGAUAAUUUAUCGAUUGGUUACCGGAAACACAAUUGAAGGUAAACUAAUAGACAAGGCCACUGCGAAAAGGAAGUUAGAAAAAUUAGUGAUACAUAAGGGCAAAUUUAAAUUGCCUACCUCCCGAGAUACACCCAUUGCAAGUCUUGCUGAAUUUGCCGAAAUACUUUCAUCUGAGGAUAAUGAAAAAGUGCAACUUGCACAACAUGGAGAUGAAAUAAUUCCCGAGGAAGACUUGGUACGAUUAAUGGAUAGAAGCGAAGAAGCAUUCGCCAAAGUUGGUACAGCACAUGAAGAAAAAGGUGCUAUUUUCAAGGUUAUUACUGAAGUCCGAGACCCAACGAAUGAUGCACUUGCACAAAUCAGUAAAGAUAAUGGAACAGAAAAAAUGGAAUUGGAUGAAGUCAAAAAAAAUGAAUGA